AUGGGUCUCGUCGAGAAGUUCCUCCCUAAGGAUGACCGCUUUGCGGCGCUGCUGUUGUAUGGCAUGGUCUUCUCGACCUGUUUCAAUGGCUACGACGCGGGUAUCAUGACGGUCAUUCUGGCCGACAAGCAGUUUAUUCAAUACUAUGGCAUCAACGGUAGCAAGUCCGGGCUGGUGGCCACUAUUCCCUGGGCAAUGACAGGAAUUGCCCAGCUCUGGCUUGGAGGCACGCUGGCUGGCUGGCUGGGCCGCCUGUGGGCGUUGCGACUCUCCAUCUGCAUCAUGAUAAUCGGAGUAGUGGUCGAGGUCGUCCCCAACAGCUUCGGCGUCCUCAUCCUGGGCCGGCUUCUCACAGGCCUGGGCUUUGGCUGCGUCUACAUCGCAACAAACCUCUAUGUCGCAGAAUGUGCACCCACCAAGCUCCGAGGGAGCUUCGUCGGCACAGUCUCCCAGUUCGGCUACCAGCUAGGCACACUGAUCGCCUUCUGGGCCGGCUACGGCAUGUCCUUCCACAAGUCGCCCUACAACAUUGCCUGGCGAGUAUCAAACAUUAUUCAGAUUCCUAUCGGUAUUGCCUUCAUCUUCGUUUCAUUCUGGUACCCCGAAAGCCCGCGCUUCAUGCUGGAGAAGUACCCGGAGACGCCUGAGCGUGCUCUCAAGAUGCUCAGUCGGCUGCGGUCCGGCGCUCCAACGGAUGAGCGUAUCCGAACUGAGUUCCACGAACUUGUUGCCUCGUAUGAGUUCCGUAAGAGAUACGAUCCGGGAUAUAUGGGUCUUCUCAAGAGCAAGAGCAUGCGGAAGCGUCUUGCGUAUGGAUUUUACGCUGCGGGUCUUCAACAGUGCGGAGGUAUUGCCUCUCUCACUAUGUAUGCGACCCUGAUCUACCAAAGUCUGGGAUGGAAUUCGGGCUCGCAGGCUCUCUCCAUCAACGGAAUCCAGGCCGUUCUACAACUCCUGAUCGUCCUCGUGAAUACCUUCACCGUGGAAAGAUUCGGCCGACGAGGUCUUCUGCUCGCCGGGUUUGCUAUCCAGUCACUUGCGCUUCUCAUCAUGUCGUGUCUGACCACCGCAUUCCCUUCUAACAACAACAAGGCUGCCGCAAUCGUGGAGGUUGCCAUGCUCUUUAUCGUUGGCUUGACGUAUUGUUGGUCGAACGGUCCCAUUGCUGCGACGGUGGUGUCGGAGAUUUUCCCUCAACAUGUUCGGGACAAGGGGUUCGGUCUCUCCAUGCUUGGUCAGACUAGCUGGCUGAUUCUCCUCACGCAAUCGUGGCCUGACUUCAACGCCAAAGUCGGUGGACACAGCUAUUGGCUGCUCUUUGGGCUGAAUGUGGCUGCCGGGAUUUCCGUAUACUUCAUUCUCCCCGAAACCAAGGGCAUAUCUCUUGAGCGUAUGGAGAAGAUCUUCGGGGAAUUGGACUUUGUCGAGGCUGGAGAGCAUGAAUCGGACACGGAGAAACGCGAGGCCUUGGCCCUGGUCACCGAGGGCGAGAAGGCACCGGCUGCGCAUGUAGAGAAUAUCGCCAGGGAUAUUUCUUCUCCGGGACCGGAGAGAUCCCCUGCUUGA